UGGCUCGGGGUCCGGGCAGCGCGGCAUGGAGCCGCAGGUGGAGCUCCGCGUCACUUGCCGCGGCGACACCCGCAGCUUCCUCGUGUCGGAUCCGGUGCUCACGACGUGGGCCGACGUGGAGGCUAUGGUUAAAGUUUCAUUUGACCUGGACAACAUUCAGAUCAAAUACAUUGAUGAGGAUAAUGAUGAGGUCUCUGUGAACAGCAAAGAGGAAUACGAGGAAGCUCUGAAGAUUGCAGUUAAACAAGGAAAUCAGCUUCAGAUGAAUGUGUAUGAAGGAAACUUUUCUCUGAAAGAAGCUUCAUAUUCUUGUUCUCUGCAACCACAUGGAAAAACUGGAACAGAAAAGUUGGCACCCGUUAAAGAUGAGAAGAACCUUCCUUUGCACUGUUCUGUGCUGGCUCAGGGGUUAGAGGAAGGCUUAAAAAAUGAAGAGCUGGCAACUCAGCAAAAUUUAAAUCGCAGUAGAACAGGAAGAACAAAUGAAAAACCUCCAGAAUGGUUUACUAGCUACCUGGAAACAUUUAGGGAACAGGUAGUUAAGGAAACUGUUGAGAAGCUGGAGCAGAAGCUGUAUGAGAAGCUUGCUCAGCAGAAUCAGCCUCCAGAUUUUCCAGAGAGCACUAUUACAGCAGAACCUCCAGUGUCAGAGAGCCAGUCAGAGGAUGGCAACCAGUGUGACUGGCUCAUCUCCUGCUGCAACUGCCAGGCCCGGAUCGUUGGAGUUCGUUACCAGUGCAGCCUUUGCCCAGCCUACAACAUCUGUGAACAGUGUGAAGCAGGAACAUAUGCACAUGAUCCUAAUCAUGUCUUGCUGAAGCUGCGAAGACCUGUACUAUGUGUUGCUGAGAAUUACAGCCUUGCAGAGUUCUCCGCUCGCCUGCCUACUACUCUGGAGCAAGUUAGGCUCCAGAAACAGAUGGACAAAAGAUUUCUGAAGGCAGAAAAGCAAAGAUUACGAGCAGAGAAGAAACAGCGAAAAGCAGAGGUCCGAGAGCUGAAAAAGCAGCUCAAAUUGCAUAGGAAGAUUCAUCUGUGGAACUCUGUGCAUGUACUGGAAACGAAUGGCUCACCUACUCUGAAAUCUGAGAGUCUUCAACCCAACACCUUCCUGAAUCCUACUCAACCCUUCCAAGCAGUUGUCCCAACACUAAGUGCAGUAUUUGUGGAUGAGAACUUGCCAGAUGGGACUCACUUGAAACCAGGGACAAAGUUUAUCAAACACUGGCGAAUGAAGAAUACUGGCAGUGUGGAAUGGAGCUCAGACACGAAGUUGAAACUGAUGUGGGGAAACCUGACCUUGGCAUCUUCUGAAAAAAAAGAUGUGUUGGUGCCAUCCCUUCCCUCAGGACAAGUAGGAACUGUUUCAGUUGAGUUCGUAGCUCCUAAUAUAGAAGGAACUUACACCUCUCACUGGAGAUUGUCACACAGAGGAGAACAGUUUGGGCCCAGGAUCUGGUGCAGUAUUGUUGUGGAUCCUUCCCCAGCUGUUGAAUGUCUAGAAAGCAAUGGAAAGGAUUCUGACUCCUGCCAGAAGGCUAAAGCUUGCAGCACCAAAAAGGAUGCUUCCUUUAAGACAGAAGCAGGUGCUCAAGUAAUGGGUGAUACCAUGGAGCAGGUUGAAAUACCUCUGCCAAAUAUUCCUUUGAAGGUCAAAAAUCUCCCAAGUGAGAGAGAAUUUUAUAUCCCAUCUGUUGACCUCCUCACUGCGCAGGACUUGUUAUCCUUUGAGCUGUUGGACAUUAACAUUGUGCAGGAGUUGGAGCGAGUGCCACACAAUACUCCUGUUGACAUGACUCCCUGCAUGUCCCCUUUGCCACAUGAUAGCCCCUUGGUGGAGAAGCCUGGCUUAGGUCAGAUAGAGGAGGAGAACGAGGGAAGUGGAUUUAAACCAGUGCCUGGAGUGAGGGAAGCUUGCUUUCCUGCAGAUACUUGUCUGGUGAAAGCAAAAGCUGAACAUCCAUUGAAUCAGGAGGAAGGGGAGGAAGACAUGAGUGGGACUCAGUUUGUGUGUGAAACUGUCAUUCGUUCCCUAACCCUGGAUGCUGCACCUGACCAUAAGCCACCCCAAAAGAAGAAAGUUCUCCAGAACUCUUCACAGACGCUGCAAGACACCUUCAGUUGUAACACAAUAAAUGAAGAAUCUUCUGGGAUCAAAGUUAAUUCCACUUUCAAAAAGGAAGCAAAGAUUCAUCAGUCGGAGGCAAUGACAGAAAAUGACUGUGGAGACCUACCACUACCUGAUGAGAGAGCAGCUCCCUGUAGUGAUAUUGGCAAUUCUGAUGACGUUGAAGAUAAGGAUGAUAUUCAAAGUCAGGGCUCCUCUGCUUCAUCAGAGGAUUAUAUCAUUAUUCUCCCUGAGUGCUUUGACACCAGCCGUCCUUUAGGGGAGUCUAUGUAUAGUUCAGCUCUUUCCCAGCCCAGUUUGGAGAAGACAGGAGAACCUGAAACAGGAGCAGAGAACCCAGAAGGGGGAAGCCAGCCACAGAUCCACAGUGUCGCUGAUAUGUUGACAACCUCACAAACACUGGCUGCUGAACCGUUAACCCCAGAGGCUGCAGACACCUUAACCCAGACACAAAGGAAUCUUGCAUCUCCUCAGGAUCAUAUCUUCCAAGAACUAAAUCUACCAGCUUCAGAGAAUCUCUCCUCCAGUCAUAAUCAAAUAAGAGAAGAACCCAGUGGUGAAGACAGUCAUGGACCAGGAUCUUCUGGAUUUCUAGCUAGUAAACGGAAGUGCUCAGAAUACCCAAGAUACCCUCAAGGAAGCAGCAUUGCAGGAGAACUUGUUAAAGGUGCUUUGUCGGUUGCUGCUUCUGCCUACAAAGCACUGUUUGCUGGACCACCCACUAUAGAACAGCAGUCUGCAGCUACAGAAGAGCAAACUGCCACUCUUCUUUCCAGUCUGUGUGAGAUGGGGUUCUGCGACAGGCAGUUAAACCUCCGACUGCUGAAGAAACAUAACAAUAACAUGGUUCAAGUGGUAACUGAAUUGCUUCAGCUUGGGAACAGUGACUGGUACAGUGGUAGGUGCUGAGCCUUCCUGGUGGAGGGAAGAGUCAUCUUCAUUGAAUAAACUCUCCCAGAACACCACAGCAGUAACAGGCUGUGCCUCAGCUGUGUUCUCUUUGGAGCUGUGACUACAACUUUGGCUUUUCUUUGAGCUUUUGACUUUUUUGUUUUUCUCAUGGAAAUGUCAAACAGUGCUUGUCACAGCAUCUUAGGAAUUGGAGACCAGAAUUUCACCUUUGAUUUGGACCUCACAGUUAGACCUCAUGAGUAGCUUUUAAAGCCUCUAAUUUCAUACCAAAUCCUUUUAUCAGGGAACCCUGUAGAACUCCUUAAACUUCCACCUGGAUGAGACCUUCUCCUCUUAUCACGUGUAAGAUGUUUUAGGCAGCUGGAAACUUGUUUUGUUGACUUCUAACAAGCUUUGGACUAGCAACCAAUGUAAAAUGCUGCUGUACAAUGUAGUCUUGCCUAGUCUAUAAGAGAUGCCCACAACUAGCAAGUUGUUCCUUCUGAUACGAUGUAGUAAUUGAUUUGUCCAAUGCAUGAUAGUAAUGUGACAGACUUAAACCUUACAAAUGAUUUCUAGAGAACAAGGUUGCUCAGACACAAAAGCCAUCUUAAAGCAUCAAACAACUUCUGAAAAGUCUGAAAGUGGAAUCACUGUUAAACUAAGAAUACCAGAAUGUAGCAACAUGAAGCAGGAGAGUGAAUUUACCAGCAGCAAUAGAACCAGCUCUAGUACCGAUAGCACAAAGCGUAUCUCUUAGGGGAAAAUACAGCUUACAUAAAAUGUUUUGUUAAAGUGGAAUGUGAGGGAAGGUAAAGGCCUUUGGAAGAAUCUUUUACAGGCUUGUUGUAGAAAUGUUAAGUCUUUCUUUCAGGGUAGUGCAAACCUCUCGUGUUUAAUACCACACAGAAGAAUUGAGGAAAGCGUAGAAACCCAGAGCUGAACUGGAGUACAAAUUAUGGUGGUGUUUAGGAAUGGGAAGAGUGCUUGAGGCAGGGACUGUGUGGCUUAUGUUUCAGUUGGAACAAGGAAUUAACCGAAGCAGUUUUAUGGGUGCGGUGUCCUGUGGUGGUUCUAGGUGCUCCUGUGUUUCCACAGAUGUGUCUGUAGGAUCCAUUUUGCUCACAAGAUUUCUGUUUAAAUGCCCAUAUUUAAUUUGUAACUCUUCUAAAUGUGUUGAGAGGUUUGAUUCUGAAACAUCACAGGAGACCAGCAACAUACACUGCUAUGCAGUGGUGUACCUGGAGGUAACUCCUCAGUCUGGUCCCUCUGGAGGUGACAGCAGUGCUGGCUACAUUCUUGCUUUCAAGCAGGCUUUUCCUUGCUGCAGGAAAAAAACAUUGAUCCUAAACUACUUUAUAUUACUGCUACUUCAAAUCAAGAUGUUCCUGUUGUGUCACACUGUAGCUGAAGCACUAUCAGCAUUGUGGCUGACCAGGUGAUCAGUAGUAAUAAGUUUCUAAAAGACAUAAUACCCUUAGAGAUUAAGAGAUGAUUAAGUGAAGAAAAUAAAAUGUAUCAUACCAUUUUUGUUUUAAACCUAUUUUUAUAGAUUGUGGGGGAGAUACUCUUAAAUGUUUAUUUUGAAAUACAGUAGAACUAUUUUGCAGUGUUUCCCAUCUCUGUACACCAGUACAACUGUCUGCUGGGACCAGGUAAAGAUCAUUCUAUAACUUGGAACUACUGGUGUUUUUCUCACCUGCACUUAUGCAUACUGUUUGCUGCCUACUCAAGGAGGAGGAAGAGGAAGGAUGUGGAGGAAGAGCGGUAGCUGAUGAUGUUUUGGAGCAUGGAGUGGUUGUCUGCUUUGAUCUGGAGUGCCCAGCAGGACGUGCUCUUUCUGUGUGUACCUUUAUACUUGGCCUGUUGAAGUGUUCUGUAAAUGAAUGAAGCACUACAGCAUUUGGGGAGGAGCAUUUCAUGGCAGAGUGAAAUGUGAAGUGUGAAAUGCUGUUUUUCCAUAUGUUAAUUUUUAGUAGGGUUUAGAUAAUGAAUGCUCAGGCUUAAGUUAGAGAUCUCUCUGUUGGCUUUGUAUAUUUUGUUAAUGGAUGCAUGGUAUAAUUUAUAAUAUAUUCUAUAGUGCA